CACUGGACACUCUAAACAAUGCCACUCUAAAUAAUGCCUCUUUAAUAAUGUCUACAUAUCUUACAUGACUCAUAUCACAUGCAUAUACUGUUAUUUUAUGCCAUCUAUUGCACCUUGCCUAUGCUGCUCGGCCAUCGCUCUUCAAUAUACUUACAUGUACAUAUUCUCAUUCACCCCGUUUUAGGUUUGUGUGCAUUCGGUAGUUGGGGAAUUGUUAGAUUACUUGUUAGAUAUUACUGCACUGUCGGAACUAGAAGCACAAGCAUUUCGCUACACUUGCAUUAACAUCAGCUAACCAUGUGGAUGUGACAAAUAAAAUUUUAUUUGAAUUGUUAAGACUAAUGUUAUAGUUACAAUAGUUAGUAUACUAUAGAUGAUUGCUGACAAACAUUUGAUUCUCUUUCUCAGCUCUGAGAAGAACCGGACCAGAAUAUUUAUUGCAUAGCUACCUAUAUCAGACUUGUGGGGAUUUUGACCUCCACCAGUCAACACCAUGUCCCCAAGGAAGAAGCUUGUCCCUGUCAGUAGAAGAAGAAUAGCCAAAGCAGGGGACGACUUCUUCCCUUUCAAUCUUCUGCCGGUGGAAUGCCAGCUCCGUGUGCUUUCCUCUGAGGUUGACAAGUGAAAUUCUGCGCUUGUAUGCUUCAGUUGGAUUUGCCUUGUGCGAUUAGGGAAGCUUUGGAGAGUGGCAGACUUUUCUCGCCAUGGAGUGCUCAACCUUGGACAGGAAGGACUGCUGGUGUCCAACAGAGAGUUUGAACUUUGGAAGGUAUGGGUUCAUCACUACACCCACCACCUCAUAUCCUGUGGUGCAAGCCUACUCACCCUAAAAGCCAGCUUUGACCUGGGGGACCAGUGCAACAAGUGGGGGGAGCUUCUCUCUGACCUUCUAAAAAAUGUCCGCUGCAGGGAUCUCACCCAACUGGAAUUGAACUAGACAUUCGCACUACUGGAGCCACUGGACCUGCGGGUUGGCUCCAUUUCCCACCACAACAACAUUACCAAGAUCAAGAUGGACCAGUUCACUAACUUUCAGGUACUACUGGGCAAACUGUCCCACAGCUGCCCUCGGAUCACCUAGAUGCGCCUGCACUUUGACUGGUUUGAGACAUCAGUGUCACUCCUCACUCAGUUCCAGCACCUCCGUGUCCUUGAACUCAAGUACUUUGGGGUCUUCAAAGGGAUGAGCCCAAGCACUUUGCAGAUCCUGACCAAGUCACUGCCCAACCUUAAGUCCCUGACAUUGCAUAUCCUUGUGCGACUCAGAAACCUUGGCAUAUCUUACAUGCUGGAGUCCAUGUCUCUAGGGUUCCUGGAUGUAUCACCUAGUCGUGGUCUAGUCUUCUCCAGUCUUAAUCUGCCAACAUUACGGGAGCUAAGGGCCAAAAAGAUUGCCCGUGGCAUUACUUUAGACUGUCAAACCAGGCUUAGGAUACAGAGCAGGUGGCCCUGUCUGUACCAGGUCCUAAGAGAGGGGACCACCAAUCUACAGGCCCUCAACAAUGAGCGACUGCUUCCUGAUUGGAGAGGGCAAAGUUCCAGAGAACUGUCGUCUAUCCUCCAGCAGUCCUGUUAUUGCCUCCAACACCUGGACAGUUGGCUCUGGUAAACGAAAUGCUCAGGCUCCAAUCCAAUGUUAGCUGGAACAUUUUAGCUCAUUCCCUCACCAUUCCAUUGCACAAAAUUAUUGUGCAUUUGAUUUUUGAUCCUUAUUUAAAAAUCCUUAUUUAACCUGUCUCCUCCCCUUCCAUCUACAUUGAUUGAAGUGCAUUUAACAAGUGACCUCAAUAAGGGAUCAUAGCUUUCACCUGGAUUCACCUGCUCAUUCUAUGUCAAGGAAGGAACCGGUGUCCUUAAUGUUUUGUAUACGUGUAACAUGUAGAGUACAGUAAAUCCAAAUAUGAAUUAUUUCAAGAAUGGAAUUAGUGAUGCUGCAGUGCCUCCCUUAACCAUGAGACGACCUUACACUUCAUGUUUUCAUUUAACCCUAAAGAUUUCUCUUAAAAGGUGCAAUUUGCCUGUAUUUCCAACUGCACUUGUAAAACAUAAUUUAAGGCCAAUGAGUAAUGCCUGUGCUCUCGUUAAUCAGGUUGUAACCAGAAAUGUUGUUAAGCCUAUUUACUGAGGGCUAAUGACAUUCCAACAAGUCAUUGAAUUGUAUGCUGACAUUUCCUUUUUACCAUUGUUUUGUUGAUAUAAAACUCCUUUGCUGUGAUUUUAGAAUAUGGAUCCAUUAAAGGACCCAUGUACAGUGUUUGCUGCUCUAUUGUUUGUAAUUUAAGGGGGUGGAGGGAACAUAAUUUACUGUAUGUGUGAUUGCAUAUGUGCCUAGGGAUAUUUUACUUAAAGGAAGACCAUUAACUAGUGUAGGGUUGGUUAGUUGAAAGUGAGCCUUUCCUGUCAUGGGAAAUAAAAUACCUAAUGGCAAUGUUUCUCACAGCUUAACGUAAGACACCUUGUUCACAGUAAGACAACACUGAAUAAGGGGGUGUCCAAAUACAGUAUUUAAACUUUUAAAAUGCAGAAUGCAAAGAAUAUAUUAACGGUAAACUUGGGAACCUUUUCACUUUGUUUUAUUCUAUGCAAUGAUCAUGAACUGGUAAAAAAAGCAGGAAGUUGUUUCAAUUCUCUGAAUCAAGCACAUUAAACUUUCUACCAUGACUAGAUACAAACAUUAAUUACUACUGGAAACCAUUGUAAACACGUACCAU